AUGCCGCCACAGAGUAGAGCCCAAGGAUCCCUCAGUCAAAGGCGACCAGAAAACAACGCCCAGCAAGUUGAAGCAGCAGCCAUGAAUCGACACAGAAACGAUCAAAGACGGGCGAAUCUCGAGAAGAUCGCCCGUUAUAUCAUUCAUCCCCUCAGCCAGUCCCCAUACAAACAUGUGGGCAUGGAUUUCCUCAGUCGAUGCCGCAUCAAAUGCAAAGACAUGGACUUCAAAACCGGCCAAGUGGGCAAGCAGACAGAACAAUUCAUCCAACCUAUCCCCCCAAAAGUCGUUCAGCAGUGGCUUGAUGAGACCAGACCACCGCCCAAGGAGCGUCGAGAUAUCGUCAAUGAAUACUCCCACGAGUUCCCUAACGAUAAUCAGUGGGAGGCUACAAUGAUAUGGAGGCGCAUCAACGCGUAUAUUUCUGAGUCUGAAAAUGCCCAGGGAAAUUGUGUCAUGACCACUCAUACUCAAUGGCAUCAUGCGAACCCCAGCAAUUCCCGCUUUGUCAACCGCCUAGGUGAAGAGAACGCCAACUGGCAACUCAAAGGUGUUCUUCGACAACACCUCCCCAACCAAUCAAACUAUGAUCGCCCUCUUGAUCCCAACAGGCCUCACGCUAUUUGCUAUCUUGCAGACGGAGCAGAACUGGUUGAUGACAUGCUCUUGACCAGCGAACUCACCACCUUGCUACUCAUGGCGACCGACACAGCCCUCAAGACUACUUGGCAGAAGCACAAGCUGAUCCCGGUGACUCUCAUUACUGGCUCGUACAGGACUGUUCGGGUGUCCCAGUGCAUCCUGGAUGCAGAGACGGGGAGUAUCGAGAUACGUAAAUCGCCUCUUAUUACUUUUGACAAAGGUUUGUUGGCCGAGUGGGCCAAAUAUUUGACUCUACUGGGCUGGGUGCUCGGUAAGCCAGUAGGGCAGACAGUGUGA